UACAGUAACAUCAGCUGCCCGCAGUCAUGUAUUUCUUCCUGUCCAUCAUGUCGCUGGUUGUGUCGACGUGUAUGGCCUUUGCACCAGGUGAAGCCACAGAGGUAAAAGGACUAAAUGGCAGCUGUCCCAUUGUCAAAUUCGCAGUCGAGGCCAUCAACGAACACUACAAGAAGCAAGGGGACAGCGCCACAAGAACAUUCUGUAAUGUUUCGUCAGCCUAUAAAAAGGUAUGUUCACCAGACCCGCCUUAACAAAACUGUCGAGGGUGAAAAAUGGUACCUGAACCUGGUCGUAAGCACACUUGGAAAGGUUGAGCUCUGCCAGGUUGACGUCUGGUCCCGCCCAUGGCUGAAGGACGGCGAUGCAUUUUUGGUUACCAGGGAUCCAGACUGCACCGAAGGGACGGGAUUUCCAGUUGUGGUCAACAUCAACAACACCGAGGUCCAGAAAGCCCUAAGCUUCGCUGAGUGCACAUUUAACAACGAUUCAGAUUCUCCCGUCCUGUGGAAAGCUGUGUCCAUCGGUCUAGUUACUUCUCAGAUUGUGUCUGGUACUUUAUUCAAGUUCACUGACGUGGUUUUCUCCCCAACCAACUGCUCCAAGAAGACCACCCACUCGCUCACUCCUGGAUGUGUCCCUACUAAAGAUGUUACAUGCCCCGCUUGUUACUUCGAUGUGUGGGAGGGAUGGAAGCAACCACUGUACAAGAUGAACAACAGCUACUGUGAGGCGAUGUUUGUGAAAUCCUAACGUCAAAGUUUUGUU